CAUAAAAACAAAAAAGGGCAAAUCAGACAUUCGCCUGUAAGUACUUAUUCGUAUAAAAUAAAAAAAAUUGACAUCGAUAGAAGUCUUGACAGUUAAGGUGACAACAAUGAUGGUGUCUUGACACUUGGUGGCGUCACCAACUCAAGCGUUCGCCUUGGCGGGAAAUUUGAAUUUAGUUGUUGUUUGCGGUGUCAUAGGGACAGUGACACUUUUACAAUCAUUGUCAACAAUCGAAAACAUACUUUUUUGUAUAAUGGCUUCUCGGCAAGCCGGAAUUCUUAAUUCUGGCUCGGUAACCUCACAAAAAAUCGACGAAGCCGAGUUUAACGAUCCAGCAUUCGACUAUGUGGUAGAACUGAAAGUAGAGCAAAAAGUAUGUUUCGGUUCGACCAUACCGAGAAACACCGCGCCCAUUGGCAAAGGACUGUCGGCCUUUCAGAAGAGAAUCGCCCCGGAGCUAUUUAAGCAGGGUCCAGGGUCGUACCAUUACGAGAAAUUCACCGGGGCCCUGUACCCUUUACUGCACAAAGUUCGAAGCAAAAAGGGCGUCAGCCCCCUGGCCAGUCAAGAGAAACGUUUUAAGGAAAAAUUCACGCGAACGCCAUCUCCCGGCCGCUACGAAGUUCUACCGAAAAGAGACGCGCGGAAGGCGCACGCGCCCUUCGGCAUUGGUUCGAAGAAGUUAGAAAAAGACAAUGACAUUCCCGGACCGGCAACGUACGACGUGCGGAAAGUGAAAAAAUGUCGGCGCACGCGGUUCAUGUCAAACUUCGGAAGACCUUCGAUGGUGUACGCGGUAGAGACGAUCUGCGUUCCGGUGCCGAGCGACACCUGUCAAAAAUGCGAGGAACUUUGCCAGGGCGACUAUUGGCACAAGGACUAUGCGACCUUCUUAUGUCACUUAUGCUGGGUGGAAGAGAGAAGUCUAGAAGAGAUUUAUACCAAGAAGGAGCUGAAAGAGUUCAAGAAAAUAAGGAAUUGCUCGUUUAUGCACAACCAUGAAGGGACGGAUGCCGCCACCCUCAUACUGCCUCAUAACAAAAUCAAGAAGAAGCUUCGAUUAGAGAAUUAUUUAGAAUUAUACCUCGAUUGUUAAUAAAUAUAUUUCAUUUAA